AUGUCCAAAGUCAAAUCCAAGUCCGUCCCUACCACGGGGUCUAAGCCUGGCGUUCUGUCGAAAGUCAAGAGUGGAGCCGUCAUGAAGCCUGCGCAAAGCGUGAAGGCCAAGAGCAAGGUGAUCGCGAAGGAGGUUGCCACCAAAGAGCAGAAGAAAGAUAAGAAGAACAAAAAGGUCCCCGUCAAGGAACCCACGCCCGAACCAGAGUCGAGCUCCGAGGAGGAGAGUGAGGACUCGGCGAGCUCCGAGGAAGAUUCCGAGACUGAAGAAGAGGCCAAGCCGAAUGGCGUCAAUGGAGUGAAGGUUCACGAGGAAGAUGAUUCUGAGGAAGAUUCGAGUGACGAGUCUGACUCCGAGGCAUCCUCGGAAGACGAAGCUCCUAAAGUGAACGGUUCUGCUCCGAAAACCAAGCCCGCCGCUUCCGACAGCGAGGAGGAAGAUGACGAUGAGAGCAGCGAAGAAGAGUCGGACGAAGAAGAGACGCCUACCACCACAGGAGCCAAGAAGGGCCGUGCUGCCGUGGAGGAAGAAGACGACGACGAGGAGAGCUCCGACGAGUCAGACAGUGACGAAGAGACUGCAGGCCCCAAAACGACAAAGGCCACCAAGGCGAAUGGUGUCAAAGCUGCUGAGAGCAGCGAUGAAGAAGCCGAGGACUCGGACGAAAGCAGCGACGAGUCUGACGAGUCCGAGGUCAGCGAAGAUGAAGAGGCGGAAGCCAAACCUGCCAAACGCAAGGCCGAAGAUGCCGAGGCGCCUGCCGCAAAGAAGACAAAGGUCGAAGAGGACGGCUCAAGGGGCUCCAACCUCUUUGUCGGCAACCUCUCCUGGAACGUUGAUGAAGAGUGGUUGAAGUCCGAGUUCGAAGAAUUUGGUGAGCUUAGCGGUGUCCGUUUGAUCACUCAGCGUGAGGAUGGCAGAUCUAAGGGCUAUGGAUACGUGGAAUUCGUCAAUGCGGCGGAUGCAGCCAAGGCCCACGCUGCAAAGCAAGGCUACGAGCUUGACGGCCGUGUCAUGAACGUCGACUUUGCCAACAAGAAGCCCGACUCCGGCGAAAAGCAGGAGAAACGUCGCCAGUCUUAUGGUGACCAGCUAAGCGAGCCUUCCGAUACGCUGUUCUUGGGCAAUUUGUCUUUCGAGAUCACCGAGGACGAUGUCUACAACAUCUUUGCGCCCUAUGGAGCCCCCACCGGUGUCCGCAUUCCAACCGACAAGGAGACUGGCAACGUCAAAGGCUAUGGCUACGUGACCUUCGCCACGUUGGAGGAGGCCAAGAGUGCGCUCGAGGGUGCGCAGGGUUCUUACGUCAAGAACCGCCCCAUGCGCGUGGACUAUGCCCAACCUCGCCAACAGAACAGUGAUUCGCCUGCUCGCGGUGGCGGGUUUGGUGGAUUCGGUGGUCGAGGUGGCCGUGGAGGCCCUCGUGGAGGCCGUGGCGGCGGCAGAGAUUUUGGCGGUCGUGGAGGACGAGGAGGCCGUGGUGGUCCUCGUGGAGGUGCUCGCGGUGGAAGAGGCGGCACUACCAAUCGAGGAGGCUUCGGUGACUUCUCUGGCAAGAAGACUACCUUCUAA